AUGUAUGUUUUUUAGUUAGUUGAUUUGAGGUGCUUUAUUGUUUGAAUACUUUAGAGUUUAAAUGAGUUGAAUUGCUAAAAGAAAAAUGUUUUAGGAAGUGUACAGUUUUUUUUUCAGUGGGAUAAAUGCAUUUGUGAUUUUUUUUUUCUACGCAGCAUCAUUCCUUUAAGACUUUCUGUUGAAUGGCUGAUGCUUCUGCUCUCAUUGUAAUAGUAUGAUGCUGCUGGGGCUGAUUGGGUGCAGGGAGCUGAAAGGGGCUGAAAGCUGAGGCUAAUUCAUUCUCCACACUAAAGCUUUUGCUCAAACUGAGAGAAACACAUCUCCACACAUCUGGACACAUCGCCACACGCUCCGAAACUGUCUAGUCGAAACAUGCAGCCUCUUCAGAAGAAUGGACCACGCUCUACAUCCUCCAGCCUCCACCUGUACACCACCAGUGCCUUACUAAUCUUAUGACAGGUCGUCUCAAAGUGUGUUCCUGCUGACGCCAAUCGCUCCUAAUCAGUUUAAUGCUUCAGGAGGACCAUGUCCAAGUCUGUGGAUCAUGUCAAGAGACCCAUGAAUGCCUUCAUGGUGUGGUCCAGAGGCCAGAGGAGGAGGAUGGCGAUUGAGAACCCCAAGAUGCACAACUCUGAGAUCAGCAAGAGGCUGGGAGCCGAGUGGAAGCUCCUGUCCGAGGCUCAGAAGAGACCCUACAUCGACGAAGCCAAGCGACUCCGAGCCCAGCACAUGAAGGAGCAUCCAAACUACAAGUACAGACCCAGGAGGAAGUCCAAGGGCUUGCUGAGGAAUGACAGGUUCACUUUUGCUUCUCAUCAGUUCCUGGGAGAACCAAUUCCAGCCAGAGACGUUCUAACCUACUGUCCGGACAACCCCAGGUACCUCCAUCAUCCACCAGUGUCCGCACAGUCGUCACAAUUCUUCACUGGAACCCACUUCAGCACCGCUGCUGGAGUCCAGAAAGUCCAAGAAAUAAUGCCCCAUGCUCUGCACACCUCCCCGCUGGGGUACCAUAAUGCACUCUUUGGUACACUGGGAUGCCCAGCACAGGCAGGCAAACCUGGGUACGUGGUGCCGUGUAACUGUCCGCUGUGGUCAACGUCUGGUCUGCAGCCGCCGAUAGCUUAUUUACUCCUUCCAGGCGUGAGCAAGACUGGACUCACUGGACUCAACUCAAACUGCUCAGCAGCUCUGUGAUCAAGAGGUGAGCACAAUUAAGACUAUGUGGUGCUGGGAGAGAAAUUUGCUCUGUUCUGAGUAAACUUACUGACCACUGACUUUAUGUUCAUUUGGCUUCAUUUACAUCUAAUGUUAUAUAGAGUAAAAACUCCAAACACUGACUUUAUUAAUGUUCAUUUGGGUUUAUUCUAAUGUUAUAUAGAGUUAAUUACAGGUAGACAC